CUACAUCUCUUUCCCAUAAAGUCACCAUGUACUGACCAGCCAUUGUGAAUCGUGCCGCUUCAAAUUCGUUUCUCUUUCCACCUUACCAUUUGCGGUUCGCCUCAUCUCUGUUCUUGUUCUUGAUCAAUCAAUCUCUGCAUAUCAUACUUGGUAAAAACUUCACAAAUUCACUCAAUCAUGAUGCAAUAUAGUCGCCGGAUAACUACAACUUACGCCGGCUCCGUCUCUCCGGCAGCUUCCAAUCAAGUUCCAUUUCGGCGGUUACCUCGCUCAUCCGCCAUUGAAAUCCGAAUGUUUCCUAAUCAAGUAGUAAAUCGAGGAUUGAGAUUGUCCUUGUCGUUGCAAUCACCGGAUAAACAAUCAGUAAUAGUGGCGGAGAAUUGCUGCGGCGUUAGUGGAGAAGAGAGAUCAGGUCGGAUUAGGAUAACCGCUGCUGUUGGAGAUUGUACUACUGUGAUGGAUCUGGCGGAGGAGAAUCGAGGAGGCGAUACGAUUUCGGAGGAUGAACAGGAAGAGUCGUCGUCGUCAUCGGCGGCGGCGGCGAAGGAAGUAGGGAGGGAUCGGACGGUUGAGGUUUUGAUUGCAGCUAUUGCAACGGUGGUUCUUGGUGUAGGUAAUCGUGUCCUGUAUAAAUUAGCAUUGGUUCCUUUGAAGCAGUAUCCCUUUUUCUUGGCUCAACUUGCUACCUUUGGAUAUGUAAUUGUAUACUUCUUUAUAUUGUAUAUUCGAUAUAAUGCUGGCAUUGUAACGAAUGAAAUGCUUUCCUUACCAAAAGCUCCAUAUGUUGUUAUUGGUCUAUUGGAAGCUCUUGCUGCUGCUUCUGGAAUGGCGGCUGGAGCCAUGCUUCCUGGAGCAGCAAUCACUAUCUUGUCUCAGAGCUUUUUGGUAUGGCAACUUCUCCUUUCAUAUUUGUUCCUUGGAAGAAGAUAUAGAUUCAAUCAAUUGUUAGGUUGCUUUUUGGUAGCUGCUGGUGUUAUUGUAACUGUAGCAAGUGGAGGAUCUAGUGCAGGUUCUUUAGUUCAAGCUGGAACAUUUUGGAGUCUCUUGAUGAUAGUUUCUUUUUUACUUCAAGCUGCUGAUACAGUAAUGAAGGAAGUAAUCUUCAUGAAUGCUGCUCAACAACUUAAAGGAGGAUCAGUGGAUCUAUUUGUGGUGAAUUCGUAUGGAUCUGCUUUUCAGGCACUUUUUAUAUGUUUACUCCUUCCAUUUUUAUCAAAUCUAUGGGGAAUCCCAUUUACUCAAUUACCAGCAUAUCUUAAAGAUGGUGCUGGUUGCUUUCUCAAUAAUGGCCUUGUAAAUGGAUCAUUAUCAUCAUCAUCAUGUAAUGGUGCUCCCCUUCUACCUGUGCUAUUUGUUAUUGUAAAUAUGGCUUUCAACAUAUCCUUGUUGCAUCUUCUCAUGAUCUCUUCCGCGGUCUUAUCUUGCCUUGCAUCCACGAUUUCAGUGCCUUUAUCGGUUUUCCUAUUUACAUUGCCGCUGCCAUACUUAGGCGUGGCAUCUACCCUACCAUCGGGAUUUCUUAGAGGUGCGAUUGUCCUUAUAUUGGGAAUGCUUAUAUACAUUUGGACUCCUUCAUCUUCUAUCAAUAAGUCUACUUCUAAUACAACUGCCCAAAAACUAUCAGAACCAUGUUGUUCUUAGGGAUUCUUAUCCAAAGUAAAAUGUUUGUUUGUUGUUUUAAAGUUACCUUUAAACUUGUUCAAUAAAUUGGUAGAUGUCAACAAAAAAAAGUUGACUCUUCCCAUCUUUCUCAUGCAUCAUCUUGUGUUGAAUUUUGUUUUGUUUAAUGGAAAUGUAUGUAGCCUAAUGUU